ACGCACCACAACACCAAUUCGCUUCACACGAUCGACAUACCAUUCGAACCGACCUCCUUCAGAUCACAGAGGAGAAAAGCGCAUCCAUUGACCCAUAGCAGCGCCCAGGAACGCCAGCAACCAUGUCCUUCCGCGGCGGCAGCAGAGGUGGUUUCGGCGGUGGAGACCGCGGCGGACGCGGAGGAGGAGGCUUCCGAGGCGGCAGCAGAGGCGGCAGAGGCGGUUUCCAGCAAUCCUACGGCCCUCCCGACACCGUCUACGAAAUGGGCUCCUUCCUCCACGCCACCGAAGGCGAACUCGUCUGCGAAUCCAUCAACGUCAAAAUCCCCUACUUCAACGCUCCCAUCUACCUCGAGAACAAGACCCCAAUCGGAAAAGUCGACGAGAUCCUCGGACCGCUGAAUCAAGUCUUCUUCACGAUCAAACCGCAAGAGGGGAUUCAGGCGACGAGUUUCAAGAGUGGAGAUAAAUUUUAUAUUGGAGGGGAUAAGUUGUUGCCGUUGGAGAAGUUCUUGCCGAAACCGAAGCCGCCGCCGGGUGCGCCGAAGGUGAAGAAGCCGAGGGGUGCGGGUGGGUUUGGAAGGGGUGCGCCGAGGGGUGGGGCGAGAGGUGGGAGGGGUGCGCCGAGAGGUGGAAGAGGUGCGCCGAGGGGUGGUGGCAGGGGAGGAUUUAGUGGUGGACGUGGUGGUGGUGGAUUCUCUGGCAGUGGAGGCUUCUCUCGUGGACGCGGCACACCCAGAGGCCGUGGACGUGGCGGAUACUAG